CCAUAAUGAAUACAUUUUUCACUUCUAGAAGAUCUAUUUAAGCUGGUGACUUUGGAUUUUACUAAACAUGGGCCAAUUACAUGGUGUCUCUUUAGGAAAAGUCAUCCUUCUAGUUAUUUGCUGCUUUAAAAUAUCAUAUGGUGUGCUCCUGGCUUCUCAGGCGAGUACUGUCAGUACAAGGACCUUGUAUCUGUGUAUCUGUGGGAUAUUGUCUGAAUGGAGGAGAAUGCAUUGUGAAUGUGGACAGUGUACCUGGGAGCCCCAGAUGUGUGUGCCCUAUGGGUUUCACAGGCCAGCGCUGCGAGACGAAUUAUGUGCCCUGCUUUCCAUCCCCCUGCCUCAAUGGUGGAACCUGCCGGCAAAUAACAGACACAACUUAUAUAUGCCACUGCCUGCCAGGUCUUGGAGGAGCAAAAAGUGAGGUGAAUAUUGAUAAUUGUCAUAAUCACCGCUGUCAGAAUGGAGCCAUGUGCAUAAAUGGAGUGAACACUUACAGCUGCCAGUGUCCACCUGUAUGGACUGGUCAGUUUUGUACGGAUGUGGAUGAAUGCAGGCUGCAGCCUAAUGCCUGUCUGAAUGGAGGCACGUGCAGUAACACACGCAACGGCUACAACUGUGUAUGUGUGAAUGGCUGGAGCGGCCCUGACUGCUCUGAAAACAUUGAUGACUGCGCAGCUGAGCCCUGCACCGCCGGCUCCACUUGCAUCGACCGCCUGGCUUCUUUCGUUUGCAGCUGUCCUCCCGGCAAGACUGGUUUGCUGUGUCACAUUGAUGAUGCCUGCACCAGUAACCCGUGUAAGAUGGGAGCUCAAUGUGACACGAACCCUGUCAAUGGCAAGUUCAACUGUAACUGCCCCUCAGGGUACAAGGGCAGAACAUGUGCCGAGGAUAUAGACGAGUGUGUCAUCGGGCCAAACCCAUGUGAGCAUGGCGGCUCGUGUAAGAACACGGAGGGCUCAUUCAUCUGUAACUGCGCUCCGGGUUAUACCGGUCCACACUGUCAGACAUCAAUAAAUGGGAUUCUGACUCCUGACUCUUGAACCUUAUAGGUGAUUUCACGUGCUCCUGUAUGCCAGUUUGACGGUUUUGGUGUAAAGAUAAUGCUGCAGCCACUCCUCCAAGAAAUACUUUACAGGUCUGAGGAUCCUCAAAUGCAUCAGAAGAGUAACAAAACAUUUGUAUUUUUAUUUAAAUCAAUUAAUUUAUCCAAUCAAUGUACCAAUCAUAUAUAAUAAUUUCAUUGAUUUAUUCAUUGAUUAGUACUUAUAUUAUAUCAUAAUACUUUAUUUAGUUUAAUAAACUCUGCUCCAUUUUUAUUAUCAUUACUGCUUCUUGUCUGGGUUUUGAUUUUAAUAGACUGAUUUCCUAGAGGAAGACUAGAGCUACUUCAGGACUAAAUUGGGGCUUAAAUUAAACCUACCAGGGGGCAGGUUUAACUUCAGAUUAAUAUUGUGUCUCCAGUCCUUAUGCAUUAAAAUUAUUGGCACCCUUUGUAUAUAUGAACAAAGAAGCCUGUGGAAAAUAAUCUGCACUGUUAAUUACUUUGAUCUUUUAUUUAAAAAAAAAAAAAGUAAAACCUAAACUAAAAUGUAAAAUGGAAAGGAAGGGAGAUCUCAUUAUAAAAUAAAUGUUUUUCCUUUAACAUAUUGGCCACAAUGAAUGGUAUCCUUUUAUACAAUACUUUUUGCAACCUUUCUUGCCAGUUUAACAGCUGAGUUUUCUCUUUAUAAUACCUAAAGAGUUUGGCUAACACCAAAAUAUAUAAGAGACUAUUUUUCUAUCUAGUAUCUCUCCAGACCCUUCAGAUUCCUAGCUUCAUGUUAAUAUUCUCACCUCUUCAGAUUUCUAGGGUUCAGGUCAGGGAACUGUGAUGGCAGAACCUUAGUUUUGAGCUCAGCAGCCCAUUUUUGUGUUGAUUUUGAUGGUUCUUUUAAUUAUUGUUCACAGAAAAGACUUGCUGUUAACAGGUUUUGGUUAUUAAACAAUUUGAUCCCACUUUAUAUUAGGUGUAGUUAGUACAGUAAAUAUAAGUACCAUGUAAAAACAUGUAUGCACACGAUUAGUUGCAUUGUACCAAAUUGUUCAUUUAAGUAGAUAGUAGUCAAGGCCACCUGAUAUAAAGUGGGACCAACAAUUUUGCUAGAUGUCUUGUUACAAGACAGCAUGGAGACAUGAUCUAACAUACUCAGAUGAAGUGGAAAGUGCAGUAACUUCUUUAAUUACGCUGACAAUAAAUAGCCUAAAAGUGUGUACAGGAGACCUAUGGUAAAUUAAAUUUACCAUCUUAUGCUUUAAAACAUUUUAAACAUUCAUUAAAACUUUGAAACAUUCUAUUGGUGUGUGUCGAAGGCAAAAAUAUAUUUAUUUCUUAAGCAUCUUUGACACAACAGUGAAGAAAACAAUAUUCAGAAGUGAUCGUCUCUAGUAUACCCUAACCACUCAGGAGGCUUUCCCUUCACAAGGACAGUCUGGGAUAGUGAAUGGCUCAAAAGAAAGGGAUCACCACAAACAUUCAGAAACAUUCCCUUCAUUCAAUAUGGUUGCCACGAUCUAAGGACUAAGACUAAUCAAACCUACAUUGUCUUCUGUUCAAAUAUUUUGAAGGUAUAAUGUAUAUACAGUGUAAUCAUAUAUGGUAUAUCAAACUACCAAAGUGUUUCAGAGUGUUUAAAAAAAAUGAAAGUAAUUAAAAUGGAUUUUAAUUAAAGCGUAAAGGAUUGUUCAAAUAUAGGACUUUCUAGCCAUCUAGUGGUUGUACUGUGGUAUUGCAGUUUGUUUAUUUCAAUCACAUACUGCAUUAACUAUUUAUAUAUUUGUUAUUCUUUUUUCACCAAGCAUACAGUACAAAUUAUUAUUAUUAUUAUUAUUAUCAUCAUUAUUAUUUUGGUUUCCAUUCUGUUUUUGCAGUUUCCACUAAUAUACGUAAGUGUUUUGUUUUGUUUUUUUCCCUUUGGACUGUUCUCACUAGUCAUAGCUAAAGAGGUGUAACCAAGCUGGCUUUUUGGCUUUUCAUCGCCUAAAAGCAGGUCAGCCUUUUAUGUAAUUUCACAUGAAUGUUCUUUCUAGUUAACUUAGUUGGAAAGCAUGAACUGAUAAGCUAGGAAUUUCUAAGAGAACAUUCCUAACUAAAGGUUACCUAAAUGUCACGUAGUACGCUCACUCAGUAAUCCUUAGGUCAUGUUUGCUAGAUUCUUCUGACAAAAAUGGCCUGCAAAAUGCAAUAGUUUUCGCUGUUUACGUCAUUUUAAAGUUCCCAGUAAUGCGGUACUUAAAGGAUUUAUUUUAGUAGUUUUAACUUAGUAUCACGCGAUGUUGGUGACCCGCCCAAAUAAGCGUUUCAGGACCCGGCUGUUUCA